CGGGCAGAUCGAAACCUGCUCCUGGAGUGCAGUACCUGCGGUAUCGCAGUACUCGGCUCGGUUGACCCCAGUGCCUGCAUCGGCAAGAGACGGCUCCUGCGGCGGCCUCGCCCCGCCGACACCCGAGCCUGCUCUUCCCCUGCUCUGGAUCCCCAUCGAAAGGGCGAGCCGCACGACCCCCCCAAGUUGUCGAGCGCAGGGGAGACGAUUGAGGCAUGCAGAUAUGAAUUCGAUUGCCAGAACGGAAAGGGUAUGUCUUGGAAAACCAAAUACCAAGCAUCACCUGGCACAGACACAUGCGGACGGGCCAAGCCAACAGCAAAUCGAGCCCGACCAACGAGAGCACCAAGCCUCGCGAAUAAGCCCGUGUGGACUCGUCCUGCUGCUCCUGCUGCUCCUGCUGCUGCUGCUGCUGAUGCUGUACCUAAAGGUCGACAUGCGACUGAGGGCUGCUGAGCGAGACCAUUGCGGCCUCGGCGGCUCGGCGGCUGAAUUGCACGGAUCCACCAUCCGGCUGGGCAGCGGCCUGUGGCUCCAUGACCCGCACAAGAUCAUGGUCCUGGACGACGUAGAACGACAUUCGGGACGACACCAAGCUGCUGGAUCUGGGCCCCCGCUGGCAGCGUGCGCCUGCAGCUUUGGAAUCAACGACGCCUCCGUUGCUGGACAGGCUUGCUGUCCUGCUCGUCGCUUGCAGGGAACGACUGGGCUUGAGAGACCAGCGACGAGGCUGCUUCCGGGCGAGAUGGAGGCGCUUGCUCGACAGCAUGGGCUCCUGGGCCUGCGGGGUACUUGGGUUGACCGCAAGCGAGCUUGCCGAUGCCUGAUGUGCAAGACGUCGACGGCGAACUAUCGAGACCGCGCCGAUCGAUAUAACAAACGCACCGCCCAGCAGAGCGGCAAUGGUGGUGGUGGAUGUGCUCGGACCCGAAGGACCGGGUUCUGGCAGCGGCGCGGAACUCGACUGACUGGAGCUGUUUUCGACGUAGAUCUGUCCUGGCGCAGGGGUGCUGGCGGAGACAAUAGCUGAGGUCGACGAAGGUGAGUCCAGGGAACUGCGAUGCUGGGCAGCGACCAGCUCGGGGCUGGCAGUGGGCUCGAGAUCGGCUGCUUGGCUACGAUCGCUGUCGGCUGGGACCUGGCUAUCUUCUUCAGCGACAGCCUCGAAAGAAUGUGGAGCAGACGACACAGCGCCGUCGUUCUGGUGGCUGGGGUCGUUGUCGUCGCUGUCGCCUUCGGUGCUCCAGUCAAAGUUUGGAUGGGUGGAGUUGCCGUCAUCAUCGUGAUCAUCUCCGUCAUCAUCGUAAUCAUCGUAAUCAUCGUAAUCAUCGUAAUCAUCGUAAUCAUCGUGAUCAU